GCUGUCGUGGUCUGCGCGCUUUACGGCCGUGGGGACGUAGAGAGCGGGCAACUGGGCCACUUGGGCGAAGGAACAGGGCCGGCGGGCGAAGUUAAUGCCCGGCGGCGGGGCGAUCUCGGCCCCUUGCCGGCUUCUCUCAGCUGCGGAGCCCAGGGGAACUCGUGAAGCGUCGGCGUUCAGGGGCGGCCCCGGGCCGGGGAGUGGAGGCUCUGGAGGCCCCGCGGGCAAGAUGAGCCUGACCCCGAAGGAACUCUCGAGCCUCCUGAGCAUCAUCUCCGAGGAGGCGGGCGGCGGCAGCACCUUCGAGGGCCUGUCCACCGCUUUCCACCACUACUUCAGCAAGGCCGACCACUUCCGCCUGGGCUCGGUGCUGGUGAUGCUGCUGCAGCAGCCGGACCUGCUGCCCAGCGCGGCGCAGCGCCUCACGGCGCUCUACCUGCUCUGGGAGAUGUACCGCACCGAGCCGCUCGCCGCCAACCCCUUCGCGGCCAGCUUCGCACACCUGCUCAACCCCGCGCCGCCCGCCCGCGGCGGCCAGGAGCCCGACCGGCCUCCGCUCUCAGGAUUUUUGCCUCCUAUAACUCCACCAGAAAAGUUUUUUCUUUCCCAGCUGAUGCUGGCACCCCCAAGGGAACUCUUUAAAAAGACACCUCGCCAGAUUGCAUUGAUGGACGUUGGAAACAUGGGUCAGUCUGUGGACAUCAGCGGGCUUCAGCUAGCCUUGGCCGAACGCCAGUCUGAAUUGCCAACCCAAAGUAAAGCUAGCUUCCCGAGUAUUCUCAGUGAUCCAGACCCGGACUCUUCUAAUUCUGGAUUUGACAGCUCAGUUGCCUCUCGGAUCACAGAAUCUUUAGUCAGUGGACCAAAACCACCUAUUGAAAGCCAUUUUCGGCCAGAGUUUAUCCGCCCACCACCGCCUCUCCACAUUUGUGAGGAUGAACUGGCCUGGCUAAAUCCCACAGAGCCUGACCAUACAAUUCAGUGGGAUAAGUCUAUGUGUGUUAAGAAUAGCACUGGUGUGGAGAUCAAACGAAUCAUGGCAAAAGCAUUCAAAAGCCCUUUAUCUUCUCCCCAACAAACACAGCUCCUUGGUGAGUUGGAAAAAGAUCCCAAACUUGUUUAUCAUAUUGGCCUCACUCCAGCCAAACUUCCAGACCUAGUUGAAAACAACCCUCUAGUUGCUAUAGAAAUGUUAUUGAAACUUAUGCAGUCAAGUCAGAUCACUGAGUAUUUCUCCGUCCUGGUCAACAUGGAUAUGUCCUUACAUUCAAUGGAAGUUGUAAAUCGACUAACUACAGCUGUUGAUCUACCUCCUGAAUUUAUUCACCUUUACAUAUCAAAUUGCAUCUCUACUUGUGAGCAAAUUAAGGACAAAUACAUGCAGAAUCGUUUGGUGCGUCUUGUGUGUGUGUUUCUCCAGUCCUUGAUCCGUAACAAAAUUAUUAAUGUGCAGGACUUGUUUAUAGAAGUGCAGGCCUUCUGUAUUGAAUUCAGCAGGAUACGAGAAGCUGCAGGCCUAUUCCGGUUGCUGAAGACACUGGAUACUGGGGAAACACCUUCAGAAACCAAAAUGUCAAAAUAAUACCUCUCCCGAUUGCUUAACCAUAUUGUGAUUAGUUCCUAAAGCUUUUCAGUGGACCGAUUGUUUCGUCUAAUGAAUAUAAAUGUCACUUUAUUUACUUAA